AUGCGCCUUAUUUGUUAUGAUAGUUUUGUGCGUUGUAACUAUGUAAGUAUUAUAUUUUUAUUGACUGUUGGCGUGAUUGUUUACAUAUUGAUUUUUGAAAGAGAAGUUCAAGCUGAUUAUGAAUAUAAGUCAUUUAGACAAGGAGUGGUUAAAAAUGUUUUGCUUAACUUUCUUAAAACCCCUCCUGACAAAGUAGUUGAGUUCACAAUAGACCUCGAAUAUUCCUUACAUAAUGUAGAUAAGAGGUUUUUAAGUUUUUCUAUUGACUCAUCACAAAUUUAUAAAGGCCUUAGGAAUCCCUCCUUGAGGGAGAAAUGGUUAGUUCGCCAGAUUUCACAUUUGAAGGGAGGCUAUUUAAGAAUUGGUGGAACAGCUGCAGAUAUGCUUGUAUUUUCUCCUGCAUUUAGUGCUUGGCCAGACAGAGAGCUUCCGUUAGAUGGUGGACAUUGUUCUUUUUAUGUAAAAAACUGUACAAAACCUCCAAAGCAUAAGAAAUUUUCCAUGUCUGCGGUUGACUGGAAUGAAAUAAACAAUUUUGCUAUAAAAACAGGCUUGAAGCUAUUGUUUGAUUUUAAUGUUCUUCUAAGAGAAUAUGGAUAUUGGAAUUCAUCAAAUGGAGAGCUGUUACUAGAUUUUUCGUUUGCAUAUCAUUAUGAAAUAGAUUGGCAGUUAGGAAAUGAGCCUAAUGCUUUUAAACAUGUGUUUGGUGUGGAGAUCGAGCCUGCGACCCUUGCUAAGGAUUUCAACUCUUUGAAAAAGUUACUACAACAGUACACUCUUUAUAAUUCCUCACUGGUAAUAGGACCAGAUGUAACUAAUCCACACGAUUUGGAAAUGCCACCUGAAGAAUUUCUUCUUGAUUUUCUAAAAGCAGAGCCUAAUAUUGAUGUAAUAUCUUGGCAUCAUUAUAAUACUGGUCCAGAAGCUACAUUAGAAGAUUUUUUAAACGUAGAAACAUAUGAUGAUUUCUUAAAAAGUUAUAAAAUUAUUCAAGAAACUAUUAAAAAAUCAAAAAUACCUUCCAAGCCUGUUUGGCUCACUGAGACUGGUUCUUCUUAUGGAGGUGGUGCAAAGGAUUUAUCGAACAGAUUUGUAGCAAGUUUAUUGUGGGCGGACAAGCUUGGGCUGGGUGCAAAAGCUGGUAUUUCGGUUAUUGUCAGGCAGUCUUUGUAUAGAGGAGAAUACAGCUUACUUAAUUCAACUACAUUAAAACCUAAUCCAGAUUAUUGGGUUUCAGUAUUACAUAAGACACUGGUGAGAGAAACUGUCCUAAAUUUAACUGUCCUCAGCAAAUCAUAUGAUGGAACAUUAAGAGCAUACGCACAUUGUUCAAAAAAAGAUAGCGUAGUGAUUUUUGGAGUGAAUUUGUCGAAACAGUCUCAAGGUUUUUAUCUUCCCUUGAAUAAUACGGGAUAUUUAUAUUCCCUUUAUUCUGACGAUCUUCAGUCCAGAUCUAUGAUGCUUAAUGGUUAUAAGUUGUUUUUGGGAUACGAAGACCGGCUCCCAAUUUUCAAGCCAGUGAAGGUAUCUAUGAAAGAAGUUGUACCAAUUCCACCAUAUUCAAUAUUUUUUAUUCAGGUUGAAAUAAUGCACCCAGCUUGUUUUCCUUAGU